AUUUGUAACCUCAAAGUUUUAUCAAAUUUAACAAUUUUAAAUGUUCCAAAAAAAUAAUAAAUGGUAAUGGCAUUUUAUAGACGUGGCGCUUUGUUACAAAAUAUUCUGCAAAGCAGCUUGAGGCAAAACAAAUUCUACUACAACUUACCUUAUAGGAUACAUUUAGAACCAUUCAAAGCCGACAGAUUCAAUAUCCAAUGCACCAUAUUUUUUGCAAAUAUUCACACAACUAAUGUAAGGUAUAAAAGACGGAAAACGGCCGAAGAAAAGAAAUCUCCUCGUUUAAUCGAAUACUCUCCGAAAGCGAAAGGAGAGUUUGUUGAAGUAUGGAAAAAUAUCACUUUAAUGGAACUAGGCAAAAUCCUUAAUAAAGAUAUGAAUUACGUAUCCCAGCUAUUUUUAAAUGCAUUCGAUAAACCCAACACCGAAAUUAGCGACUUGAAAAUUCUCCAACAAGCAAUCAAACGAAGCGGCAGAAGAAUGAGAAUUAUCGGAAAACCCCAAGAUAAUUUGAUGGAAAUUAUGAAGAAAGACGCCUUUCCUCGACCUCCCCCAUCAAAAGCCGAGCUAAAACCCCGCCCGCCCGUAGUAACAGUCAUGGGUCACAUAGAUCAUGGAAAAACGACCCUUCUAGACGCUCUUAGAGACUCUAAGGUAGUAGACGAAGAAUUCGGAGGAAUUACCCAACACAUUGGUGCCUUUUCAGUGGUGUUAAAAUCAGGAUCUUGCAUUACAUUCCUAGAUACUCCUGGUCAUGCAGCUUUUACUGCUAUGCGCUCGAGAGGCGCUAACUUAACUGAUAUCGUAGUUUUAGUUGUGGCUGCAGACGAUGGAGUAAUGGAACAAACUAUAGAAUCAAUUAGAAUGGCCAAACAAGCUAAAGUUCCGAUAUUGGUGGCUAUCAAUAAAAUCGAUUCUCCCAAAGCCGAUAUCGCUAGAACCGAAAAGAGUUUAUUAGAAGCUGGCAUUCAAGUGGAAAAAUUCGGCGGAGACGUUCAAGCCAUACCCAUAUCGGCAUUGAAAAAACAAAAUCUCGAAUUACUCACCGAAGCGCUAGUCUUGCAAUCGGAUUUACUAGAGAUCGGAGCAGAUCCAACUGGCCCCGUAGAAGCUGUUGUAAUAGAAAGUAAAAUUCAUCCAUACAAAGGAAAAUUAUGUACCCUGAUUGUCCAAAGAGGUACCUUAAAAAAAGGCGAUAUAUUAGUAGCCGGUACUGCUAUAGCCAAAGUUAGAGCUUUAAAAGACGGCCAAGGGAAGACCAUUCAACAGGUCAAGCCCGGUUAUCCUGCUGAAAUAGAAGGAUGGAGGGAAUUACCACCGGCCGGUGAGCAAGUUCUUCAAGUUGAAACGGAAAAGAGGGCUCGGGAGGUGCAAAGAAUCAGAGAAAGCGAAGAGGCCAAAAAGAAAAUGGAAGAAGACAUGAAAGAGAUAAACAUUAAAAUGCAACAGCACGAAAAGGAAUACAAAGAGAAAUUGGAAUUGAAAAGAAGAAUGGGUAGAUUCAAAUUAAAACCCGUUGGACCUAGAAAGCCGGAAAUUCAAGACAAUGACGGAGUUCCUGUACUAAAUAUUUUAAUAAAAGCUGAUGUAGAUGGUACUUUAGAAGCUAUUCUAAACGUAGUGGAUACGUACGAAUCAAAUCUAUGCAAAAUAGAAUUGAUUAAUUAUGGAAUUGGUUCCAUUAGUGAAAACGAUAUAGAACUAGCAGAAACGUUCAAUGGUAUAAUUUACGGAUUUAACGUAGACUUGCCACAAAAUUUGAAGAACAAAACCGACACAGUUUCCAUAAAAUUCUUCAACGUUAUUUACAAGUUAAUUGACGAUAUCAAAGAAGAAAUUAACGCUAAACUGCCGCCUAAAGAGGAAAUAGAUAUUUUAGGUGAAGCCAAAGUGUUGGAAAUAUUCGAAAUAAAUCAAGGUAGAAAGAAAGUUAAUGUGGCAGGUUGUAGAUGCGAAAAAGGUAUUUUGAAGAAAACUGGACAUUAUAGAGUAGAAAGGAAUGGACAAAUCAUUCACGAAGGUUUAUUAUCAUCUAUGAGACACUUAAAGAAUGAAGUCGAUAUGAUAAAAUCGGAUACGGAAUGUGGUCUCCAAUUUUCCGAUAAAACCAUUCAAUUUGAAAAAAACGAUGUCAUAAUAUGUUAUGAAAAAAAAUCAGUACCUCAAACAACAGAUUGGGAUCCGGGAUUUUAAAUAAAUAUACAG